ACAAAUCAAAACAAUCUAUCAAUCAUCCCUCCCAGACAGACAUCCUGAUUGAGGCAAUAGUUGUGCCUGUGAAUGCGAUGAUGCAUGCAUACAUGGAUGGGUCUCCAUAUAUCAUUAAUUAAUUCCUCUUUCAUAAUCUACUUGUCUUUUAAGUAAUCUUCUUAUCCUAAAUGGAAAGGGCUAGAGAGAAAUUGCAUCACAAUUAAUUUAACUUUUUUGUAAGAAAUUCCCAAUCGUCAUCGUCAUCGUCAUCCUUCUCUCACACAGUCACUCACUCUUUUUUUUCUUUCUUUCUCUUCUUCUUCUGUUUCCUUUUAUGAUCCCAGCUCUUGAUCGGUAAUGUUAUUGCAUUUCUGAUUAUCUCCCGGUGAUUAUUACAACAAAGUCAAUAAGUCGCAGAGGCGCCAUGUGAUUCCAGAAGGAUGGAUGCAACAACUCCAACCACCGGCAGCUACGACUCCAACCCUAAACACCAUCAUCAACACUAUCACACUACUACUACUGCUGCUGCUGCAUUUGCAACAAGAAGUAUCGACACCGGCAAAUCAAAUACACAUACUAAUAAUAAUAACAACGCCAUCAUGCACAACAAUAUUAUGAACAACAAUAAUCAGCGGUUGCUCGCCUCUACAAUAGCAACAAGGCCUCCUACAACCACCACAAGUAGUAGUAGCGGUACUGAUGUAAGUACCAUCAACAGCCGAAGCGACAACAUAGAUAGCUCCUCCACCACUAACAGUAUUACCAACAACGCAUCUUUGAAGCCACACACUGGCGGGGACAGCAGGUGGGACUCCAUAAACACUGUGGUCAGCUCCAGAGGCGCCAUGGGUCUUAGCAACUUCCGCCUCCUCAAGCGUCUUGGCUACGGUGACAUCGGCAGCGUCUACUUGGUAGAGCUUCGUGGCACCACCAGCCACUUCGCCAUGAAGGUGAUGGACAAGGCCUCCCUAGCCAGUCGCAACAAGCUCCUCCGCGCCCAGACCGAAAGGGAGAUCCUUGGACUCCUCGACCAUCCUUUCCUCCCAACACUCUACUCCUACUUUGAGACUGACAAGUUCUACUGCCUCGUCAUGGAGUUUUGCAGCGGUGGCAACCUUCACUCUCUUCGCCAGAAACAACCCACCAAGUACUUCUCCGAGGAUGCUGCCCGCUUCUAUGCCUCUGAGGUCCUCCUCGCCCUCGAGUACCUCCACAUGCUUGGCAUCGUCUACCGUGACCUUAAGCCCGAGAAUGUACUUGUCCGAAACGAAGGACACAUAAUGCUCUCCGACUUUGACCUGUCUCUCCGUUGCUCCGUCAAUCCCACCCUUGUCAAAUCUUCCUCCGUCAGCGGCGGCUCCUCCUCAGGUACAUCAGCCGCCUCAGGUGGACCAGCUGUGCUCGCUGGCAGUGGUGCCGCCAGUGUGGGAUCCUCGACCAAUGCCUUUGGCAGCGGCGGUGGAGCCAUUCUAGACGAGGAGUUCGCUGUCCACGGCUGCAUCCAACCCUCCACCUUCUUCCCUCGCUCCAUACUCCCUAGCAAAAAGAACCGCAAGUCAAAGUCAGACUUUGGACUCUUUGUGGGUGGGUCCCUCCCGGAGCUCAUGGCAGAACCCACCAACGUGAGAUCCAUGUCCUUCGUCGGGACACACGAGUACCUUGCCCCGGAGAUCAUACGAGGAGAAGGCCAUGGAAGCGCAGUUGACUGGUGGACUUUUGGGAUAUUCCUCUAUGAGCUCCUCCACGGGACCACCCCCUUCAAAGGCUCAGGGAACAAGGCCACUUUGUACAACGUGGUGGGCCAGCCCUUGAGGUUUCCGGACAGCCCACAUGUCAGCUAUCCAGCCCGGGACCUCAUCCGAGGACUCCUUGUGAAAGAGCCACACAAGCGGAUUGCCUAUAAGCGUGGGGCCACCGAGAUCAAGCAGCAUCCUUUCUUCGAAGGACUCAACUGGGCUCUCGUCAGGAGCCUUGCCCCUCCACACGUCCCUGAACCCGUCGACUUCUCUCAGUAUGCCAACAAAGAGCCGCCCCCGCCACAACCCUCAUCAUCCUCCGCCAUGCCACACCCAACUGCUUCUGCUUUUGCUUCCACAACUGCAGAAAAGAAGACCGCAACCCCAGCACACUCUGAUGUCAUUGGAGGUGAUCACAAGCACAAUGAACACUUCAGCCCCACAGACGAUGACUCUUCAUAUAUAGAUUUUGAAUAUUUUUGACUUAUGACAAAUAAUUAAAUUUUCGUAAUUAAAUCCCUCAUUAAUUAAAUAUUAUUUGGGAUCCAGGCAAGAAGGACAGGAAGUAAAGCAUUUUGGAUAUGGAAUUUUUUGUUAACUAAGGCAAAACUAAAGC